AAACAUAAUUUUGAUUGAAUUAUUUUAGAAGGGGAACAAAAAAAUAAUUUUUUUUUUGUAUUAUUUUGUUUAGACACGAAGAGUAUUAAAUGUUUGUGAAAAAAAUCCAAUUGAUGAACAUCCAUUAAAUUAUGAUGAAUAUAAUCCAUUUAAUAUUUGUGCUGCAUCCAAUGUACCACAUUUAUCGUGA